AUGACCAACCAGAACUGGAUCCGUUCGACUAAUGGCGCCUCUGACAAACACGUGGAGUCCACGAAUACAACUAUGUCAGGAAAGUGGAGAUUAAAAGGAACUGUAACCAUCAUGUAUGGCAGAUGUUGUACAGCAGAUGUGGAAACAAGGUGCAGUAGUGUCAACUUGCCAUGGAGACCGAGUACCUAUUACAAGGUUGCAGGCGUCAAUACCACCCUUGGACCUUAUACUAGGAAUCUGUGUGGGAGGCACUACCCUGUGAUGACAUCGUAUCCACCAAUGACCUCCUGCCCAUCAGUGAGUGGGGGUCCCAUCAUCAACUGCCCCGUGCCUUCAUAUCCUGUGAUGCAUUCAUGCCCGGCAAUAACCCCACGACCACCAAUAAACUGCCCUGUAGUGAAUCCUUGCUCUGUGAUAGACCCGUGCCCUUCGAUGGAUCCGUGUGCCCCGGGUGCUUCUAAUCGUAUUGCCCUUUUCAGCAGAUAUACCCAGGGUGAAUGGGUGGAAUCCAAUCACAACAACUACAAGCAAUCAGAUUGUUCCAGGCACAAUGCUGAGAAGCUCAGGGAGGACACCACAAGACUUAUCCAGGACAAGGCCCAGCUGACAAGAAAAAUACAGAAUGAUACCAGCAACAACAUUGGAGAGAGAGUGCAGGACAUAAGCUUCUGGAAAUCAGAGCUUGAUCAUGAACUUGACCAAAGUAUCAUGGAGUCGCAUGCUCUCAGUCAAGUUAAGAAAAGAGUGGAGAGAGCACUGGAAGAGACAGAUGCACACCUACAGAUGGUUCAAGAAUGUUUAUACCAUCGUGAAAAGAGGAUAGGCAUCGACCUAGUCCAUGAUGAAGUGGAGACACAGCUACUUGAGGAAAUGAGAAUAGUCAAAUGUGUUCAAGAAAGAUUGAAGAGGGGCAUAGAGAGAGCUUCUGUACAACUUGCGAACAGCAGGGCAGCUCAGCAUGAAUUGGAACAGGAUCUAUGUGACAAAUGUGCGGCGUACUGGAUAGAUGAUAAGGCACAUCAAUUGAAGAAUACCUCAGAUGGUAUCAGCUAUUACUGUGGAAUUGAACAAGUGAACGCCACCAUCUCAACUCCUGACUCCUGGUUAAAGUUUACAGAAGACAACAUUCUGCGUUCACAGUGUGAACGGGCUGCUUCAGCAAGACUGCGAGAUGAGCUUGAAAAGCUUCUAGCUGCCACUUCAGAGGAGUUGUGGAAACAGUUUAACAAUGUCAAUCUCGCAUUUACGCAUCGCAUCUUUGAAAUUGGAGAUGCCAAGAAAAAGUUACAGAUGCACCUGUCAAAGGUUCUGCAAGAAAUAUUCCAAACGGAAUGCACCAUUGAGGAGCUGAAGAUGGCCAUAAGGCAAAAGGAAGCUCCCAUGAAGGUUGCACAAACCCGUUUGGAGGAGAGAAUCAAGAGGCCCAACAUGGAGCUGGUUUGUGAUCAGCCUCAGCACAGGUUGGUCUGUGAAGUAUAUACCAUCGACGCAACCAUACAAACAUUGAAACAACGCCUGCAAGAGGCACAAAAUGCUCUGCAACUGCUGGUGCAAACCAAGUCUGUCCUGGAAUAUGACAUUGGUGUGAAGGCCAACUCCCUCUUCAUAGAUCAGGAGAAAUGCAUGGGGAUGCGUAGAACCCUUCCCAACACACCACGCUUGAUUGGUUGCACUCAGCUGAAUAUGGGCACUUAUUGUGCUCCCCCACUCCCUGAAAAGAAGCCGUGCAAUUGUGGGUGCAAAAAUAAAAAGAAAGUAACAUAAAGGAAUUAAAACAAUGGAGCCCCUAGGCUUCAGUUAAGUGCAUGUUUUGGUCUGUUUCAGAAAACAAGGCUUGAAUAUUGUGGAAAAAUAAAAUAAAGAAAAUUGGUGGUUUAACAAAAA